CGCUAAAGCGCAAUGAGCAGCCAUUCAUCUCCUUCAGCUUGCCGAAGCCGAACACUGAAUAUUGCCAGAUAAAGUGUAAAAGUUCAGCGAGUGAGUUGACCAGCAGGGGCCACCGAACCGGCGCCCCACUGCGCGUCAAGUCACAAGUAGUCAGGCUACUGCAAAAGUGCAGGAUCCGUCCUGCGCUCUUUACUGCGCUCCCGUCACCGCGCACCGAGCACACGCCACCCCGGGGCCACCCGCACGGUAUUCGAGCGAACAGCUUCUCCAGUGCAGGACCAACAACUGCGGACCGGCUGAGCGUGACCUGUGAUCUGCAGCCAAUCAUGUUCCACCUGAUCAAAAAAGACAAGGAUAAGGAGAGAGACAGGACAAAGAAGGAGAAGAAGGAUAGGAUGUCCCAGGCUGAGCUGAAUAGCCUGGAGGAGGUCGGCAUACGGCGGGGUUUCUUCAACCUGAACCGGGGAAGCUUCAAGCGAGACUCCAAGGCCAAGCUGGAAAUAUCCAACCCUAUCCCCAUCAAAGUGGUCCGCCCUCCACCCGCCGAUCUCACGCUGCCGGACGUGCAGUCCGAGAAGGACUCCAGUGCUAGGCGUCCCGACGUCCAGGAUUCUGGUGCGUGCAGGUCCAGCGAUGACGCAAAGACCCCCCAUGACACGCUUGCUAGCCACAAGUCCUCAGUCAAAGAGCGGGCUGCCAAGGUUAGAGUCCUGACCAAGCAGACCUCCCACAUGGGCCAGAUCAUGAAGCGCUUCUCCUUCUCUCAGAGAAGCAAAGAGGAGAGUCCGUCAGAAGACUCGGGCCUGUCCGGGCCCAACUCCGCCACCCCCUCCCCCAAGGUAGAGGCCAAGGUUAUUGGCCACCAGAACAGAUAUGUCAGCCACAGACGUGCCCCUCUCGGUAAGGUCCAGGUCCCCGUGUUGGUAGAUAAGGUGUUCCCAGCAGACCUGCAUCUGCCCGAAGUGAUGCCCCCCCAGGUGCCCGAAGCCCGCGAGCUGGAGCUCCAGCGCCGCAACACGGGUGACUUCGGCUUCUCCUUGCGUCGCACGGCCAUGCUGGACCAGCGCCCCGAUGGCACGCCCUGCCGCCAUGUGGUCCACUUCGCCGAGCCAGGCGCCGGCACCAGGGACGUAGCGCUGGGCCUGGUACCCGGCGACCGCCUGGUCGAGAUCAACGGCCAUAACGUGGAGAGCAAGAGCCGGGACGAGAUCGUGGAGAUGAUCCGGCAGUCGGGCGAUACGGUGCGCCUGAAGGUGCGGCCCAUCGUCGAGCUGAGUGAGCUGAGCCACUCCUGGCUGCGGAACAGCGCAGGGACACGCAGGGACGCCGGACAGCUGCUCAUCUCUUCUCCUGCUGUGUGGUCCCUCUGUCCAGAGGCUUUACGGGUUGUCUCCAUGGCUUUCUCAUCACGCUUUUCAUUCUGGGAAAAAAAGGUUAAAGAUGAAAACACACCAGGCUCCAAAGGCCCCAAUUCAGACAGUGAGGGCAGUACGAAUGGUCGCGCACAGUCUGUAGCAGAUGGAGGAGGCGGAGCUGUCUGUGUUCCUGUGGCCGGUCGCAGGCUGAUGGACUCUCCUUCAGACCAGAGGGGCGGUGCCCCCACCCAGGAUGUCAGUGAGGCACAGGGCCUGGCUCAGAGGCCCCUGGUGCGCAGGGCAGUAAGGAGGGUGGACCCGGGGCUGGAGGAACAGCCCUCUCUAGCCCCAGAGCACCCCAGACCUACCCCUGUGGUCACCUCAGUGCCCAAAGCCCAGAGUGCUCUCCAGGAGGAUGAUCUCGCCAUAGGCCUGACGAGUCUUAUGGGGCGUGGGAGGACCAAAGACCACCGCGCCCGCUCUCGAGCGGCGGAGCGCAAGGAGGCAAAGGAGGAGAUCGAGGAGAGCCAGAAACCCACAGAGGAGGUGCUGCAGGAGACUCCGCCUGCAGCUGCCUCCCCUGGGUCCUCCCUCCUGCCUCCCACACCCAACCCUCCCAAAGCCGAGCCCCGAGCCCCACCUGACGGCUUCCUCCCUGCUCAGAAGCCAAACCCCCUUGCCACGCUCGCUGGCUUCAUCCAACCUGCCAAGCCAGAUUUGCAGGCUCCGGCUCCUGGCUUUAUUCCGCUCUCUAAGCCCAGUGCUCUCACUCCACCUGCUGCUUCUGCUCUGCCUCUUAAGCCUGACCUGCCAGCACCACCUGUUGGCUUUCUGCUUGCUCCAAAACGGGACCCUUUUGCCCCAGUAGCGGGAUUCAUCCCCAGGCCCAAAGCGGACCCUCUAGCGCCCCCUGCAGGAUUCAUUCCCAUCUCACGCCAAACUGCUGUCUGGAAGCCAGAGGUAAAGGUAAGUUCCCGGCUCAGCGCUGCACCUGCUGGGAAGCUCGUCCCCAGGGCUGCUGAGACUCAGGGUGCCACAACCUCUGAACAACAGCCGCUGCCUCGGCGUGGUAUCCCUGCCUCCUCUCAGGCCAAGGCGGAGGACCCUGUGGCUGUUUUGCAGACAGCCCACGCUGCUGCCUGCCAAGCUAAGGUGAAGACCGAGGACCAGAUUGCUGCAGAACAAGCCUGGUACAGCACGGAGAAAGUAUGGUUGGUUCACAAAGACGGCUUCUCUUUAGCGACACAGCAGAAGUCGGAGGAGGGCAGUGUGCCUGAGGGGAAGGUGAAGAUCCGGCUGGAGAACGACGGCACGUUGCUGGAGGUGGACGAGGAGGAUGUGGAGAAGGCGAACCCCCCGGCGCUGGAUCGCGUGGAGGACCUGGUCAUGCUGCCCUACCUCAACGAGUCCAGCGUCAUGCACUGCCUUCGCCAGCGCUACGGUGCCAACCUCUUCCACACACACACCGGGCCCAACAUGGUGGUCAUCAACCCGGUCAGCACGCCGGCCAUGUACUCCGAGAAGGUGAUGCAGAUGUUCAAGGGCUGCCGUCGGGAGGACGUGGCGCCUCACAUCUACGGCGUGGCGCAGGCCGCCUAUCGCAGGUUGCUGACCACACGCCAGGACCAGGCCAUCGCCCUGCUGGGCAGGAGCGGCAGCGGCAAGACCACCAACUGCCAGCACCUGCUGCAGUACCUGGUGUCCGUCGCCGGCAGCAACGGCAAGGUCUACUCAGCUGAGAAGUGGCAGGCCGUCUACACCAUCCUGGAGGCCUUCGGCAACUGCGGCACCUCCAUGAACGCCAACGCCAGUCGCUUCUCCCACCUCGUUUCCCUGGACUUCGACCAGGCGGGGCAGGUGGCCUCGGCUUCCGUUCAGACCAUGCUCCUGGAGAGGUCGAGGGUCACCCGGCAUCCAGAGGCAGAGACCACCUUCAACGUGUUCUACUACUUAAUGGCAGGAGCUGACGGCUCUCUGAAGAACGAGCUGCACUUUAACCAUUUUGCCGAGACCAGUGCCUUCGGGAUAGUGCCUCCGUCCACGCCAGAGGACAAGCAGAAAGCAGCCCAACAGUUCACAAAGCUCCAGGCUGCCAUGAAGGUGCUGGGUAUCUCAGUGGAGGAGCAGAGGGCAUGUUGGCAGACCCUGGGGGCGAUCUACCACCUCGGGGCUGCAGGGGCCACCAAAGUCUCGAUCGUAGAUGAACGCGAGUCUGACGAAGCCGGCCGUAGGCAGUUUGCGAGGCACGAAUGGGGUCAGAAGGCCUCCUACCUCCUGGGCUGCACCCUGGAAGAGCUCUCCUCCUCCAUCUUCAAACCCCAGGCCAGGGGCUCGCUCCCACGUACCUCCAGCCUCCGCCCGGGGCCCGAAGAGCCGGCGGACACCUCAGGGUUCAAGGCCACUGCUGUGGAGUGUUUGGAGGCAAUGGCUUCAGGUUUAUAUUCGGAAGUCUUUACACUGCUCAUCUCUCUCAUAAACAGAGCACUGAAGUCCAGUCAGCACUCUUUAUGCUCGAUACUGAUUGUGGACACACCAGGCUUCCAAAACCCCCGUCAGGCCAGCAGUGAGAGAGGUGCUGUCUUCGAGGAGCUCUGUCACAAUUACGCACAGGAGCGUCUGCAGGAGCUCUUCCACGAGCGUACAUUUGUACAAGAGCUGGAGCGAUACAAAGAGGAGAACAUAGACCUGGUCCUGGACGACAUGGACCCCAGACCCUCGCUGUCUGUUGCAGUGGUGGACCAGGCUUCCAGUCAGACCCUGAUUCGGACCCCAGCGAGGACAGACGAGGCCAGAGGGCUCCUCUGGCUGAUGGAGGAGGAAGCGCUACAACCAGGAGGAUCAGAGGACACACUGUUGGAUAGGCUGUUUAGCUACUACGGCCCUGCAGAGGGAGAGAGCAAAGGCCACACACUGCUGUUGAGGAGUGAGAGGUCGCAGCACUUCCUGCUCGGCCACAGCCACGGCACCAACUGGGUGGAGUACGACGCACGUGGUUGGCUGAGCCACGCCAAGCAGAACCCCGCCUCCCAGAAUGCAGCCAAUCUACUGCAGAAUUCCCAGAAAAAGAACAUCAGCGGCCUGUUCGCGGGCCGCACAGGAAGCUCCUUGGUGCUGUCGGGCUCCAUCGCCGGCCUGGAGGGCGGGUCCCAGCUGGCCCUGCGCCGGGCCACCAGCAUGAGGAAGACCUUCAACACAGGCGUGGCAGCCGUGAAGAAGAAGUCCCUCUCCAUCCAGAUCAAGCUCCAAGUGGACGCCCUGCUGGACACCGUCAGGAAGGCCAGGGUUCACUUCGUGCACUGCCUGCUGCCCAAGGCGGAUGCUGUUCGGGGAACGGGCUCUCCAGAAGCUCAGGCGGAGAGCGGCGACCUGGCCCUGACGCAGCUGGACGUGGCCCUGCUGAGGGCCCAGUUCCGCGGCUCCCAGCUGCUGGAUGCCCUACGCAUCUACAGGCAAGGUUAUCCAGACCACAUGGUCUUCUCCGAGUUCCGCCGCCGUUUCGACGUCCUGGCCCCGCACCUGACCAAGAAGCUCGGCCGCAACUACAUCGUGAAGGAUGAGAAGCGGGCUGUUGAAGAGCUGCUGGAGUCUCUGGAGCUGGAGAAGAGCAGCUAUCACAUGGGUCUGAGCAGGCUCUUCUUCAGGGCAGGGACUUUGGCAAAACUUGAAGAACUGAGGGAUGACCAGACCAGACAGAACAUCACGCUGUUCCAGGCUAGUUGCCGUGGCUACCUGGCUCGUCAGGCCUUUAAGAAGAGGAAGGUCCAGGACCUGGCCAUCCGCUGCAUCCAGAAGAACAUCAAGAAGAACCGCGGCGUGAAGAACUGGCCCUGGUGGAAGCUCUUCACCACCGUGCGGCCUCUCGUCGAGGUGCAGCUCACCGAGGAGCAGAUCCACGGCAAAGAUGAGGAAAUCCAACAACUGAAAGCCAAGCUGGAGAAGUUGGAGAAGGAGAGGAGUGAGCUCCGACUGAACACGGACCGUCUGGAGAGCAGGGUUGCCGAGCUGUCGACGGAGCUCACGGACGAGAGGAACACGGGCGAGUCGGCGUCCCGGCUGCUGGAGGCCGAGACGAUGGAGAGGCUGCGUCUGGAGAAGGACAUGGAGGAGAUGCAGGUGAAGUAUGAGACCAUGAAAAAGCAGAUGGAGUCCAUGGAGAUGGAGGUGAUGGAGGCACGGCUCAUCAGAGCGUCAGAGCUCAAUGGGCAGAUGAAGCUUGAUGAUGAUGAUGAUGAUGAUGAUGAUGGCGGUGAGUGGAAGCUGAAGUAUGACAGGGCCAUCAGAGAGACAGAAUUCACAAAGAAGCGCUUACAGCAGGAGUUUGAUGACAAACUGGACACGGAGCAACAGAGCAAGAGGCAUCUGGAGAGGAAGCUGGCGGACCUGCAGGCGGAUCAUGAGGAGACCCAGCGAGCCCUGCAGCAGGCCAAGAAGAAGAGCCAGCGAGUCCUGGCUGAGCUCCAGGACACCAAGCUGCACCUGGAGGGGGAGCGGAGCCGCAACCACGAGCUGGAGAAGAAACAGAGGAAGUUCGAUAUGGAGCAGAGCCAGGCUCAGGACGAGGUGCAGAGAGAGCGGAGUCAGAGAGAGAAGCUGGCCAGGGACAGGGACAUGAUGACCGGAGAAAUGUUUACGCUCAGGCAGCAACUGCAGGAGAAGGAGCUGGAGUUGUGUGGGCUGAAUGUGAAGGUGGAGCAGCUAGAGGCGGAGCUUCAUGACCUCUCCUCCCAGGAGUUCAAGGACGAGGCCUCACUGGCCAAGCUCAAGAAGCAGCUCCGUGACCUUGAGGCAAAGGUCAAAGACCAGGAGGAGGAGCUGGAUGAGCAGGCUGGAACUAUACAGAUGCUGGAGCAGGCUAAACUGCGUCUGGAGAUGGAGAUGGAGAGACAGCGGCAGACGCACUCAAAGGAGAUUGAGAGCAAGGAUGAAGAGAUGGAGGGGAUCAGACAGUCAUGCAGUAAGAGGCUGAAGCAGAUGGAAGUACAGUUGGAAGAAGAGUACGACGAUAAGCAGAGGGUUCUGAGAGAGCGGAGGGAUCUGGAGACUAAACUCACGAGUGCCCAGGACCAGGUCAGCCAGAGGGACGUGGAGGCGGAGCAACGACUGAAGAAGGAUCUGAAGCGCACCAAGGUGUUGCUGGCCGACGCCCAGCUCAUGCUGGACCACCUGAAGAGCAACGCACCGAGCAAGAGGGAGAUCUCUCAGCUGAAGAACCAGCUGGAGGAAUCUGAGUUCACCUGUGCAGCUGCUGUGAAAGCUCGCAAGUCCAUGGAGCUCGAGAUUGAGGACUUGCUUGUCCAGAUGGAGGACAUCUCCAAGGCCAAGAUGGCUCUGGAGGAGCAGCUGAGCCGCCUGCAGAGGGAGAAGAACGACCUGCAGUCCCGCCUGGAGGAGGACCAGGAGGACGUGAAUGAGCUGAUGAAGAAGCACAAGGCAGCCGUGGCUCAGUCUACUAGGGACCUGGCCCAGAUUAGCGACCUCCAAGCUCAGUUGGAAGAGGCCACCAAGGAGAAGCAGGAACUUCAAGACAAGCUCCAGUCUCUACAGAGCCAGCUGGAGUUCCAGGAACAAUCCAUGGUGGAGAAGUCCCUGGUCAGCCAGCAGGAGGCCAAGAUCCGCGAGCUGGAGUCCAAGCUGGAGUAUGAAAGGACCCAAGUCAAACGCCUGGAGACCCUGGUGGCACGGCUGAAGGAGAACCUGGAGAAGAUGACCGAGGAGAAAGAUCAGCGGAUCUCCGGUGAGAACCGAGAGAAGGAGCAGAACAAACGCAUGCAGCGGCAGAUCCGCGACAUCAAGGAGGAGAUGAGUGAGCUGGCCAAGAAGGAGACUGAGGCCAGCCGCAAGAAGCACGAACUGGAAAUGGACAUAGAAAGUCUGGAGGCUGCCAACCAGAGUCUGCAGGCGGAUCUCAAGCUGGCUUUCAAGAGGAUCGGGGACCUGCAGGCGGCCAUCGAGGAUGAGAUGGAAAGCGACGAUAACGAUGACCUCAUCAAUAGUUUACAAGACAUGGUGACAAAGUACCAGAAACGGAAGAGCAAAACCGGUGACGACUCAGAUGUGGACUCUGAGGUGGAGGACCGCGUGGACGGAGUGAAGUCGUGGCUCUCAAAAAAUAAAGGCUCUAGCAAGACCCUGUUGGACGAGGGCAGCUCGAAGACCCUCAGCCUCAAAUACCCUAAUGCAGCCAACGCCGACGUCAAGGACGUAACAGGAGGGAAAGAAGGUAAGGAAGGGUGGAACGGGAACGCCCAGCAGGGUAGGCCCGUGUCCGUGAUGAGCUCACUUAGCUACAGGAAGCGUUCCAACCUGAAGGACUCCAUUGGGGGCACGGGAGAUGAGAGCUCCCUCUUCAGCACCCUGAAGGAGCAGCCAGACGUGCCGGAUCGCUCCGUGCUCCGUAAGUCCAAGAGCAAGGCUGCGGAUGACCUGGAAGACCGAUGCUCCGUCAUCUCCCAGGCGUACUCGGAAGCCACCAGCAGGGCCAGGAGAGGCCUGGAGCGUCGCUGGACCAAGGGCAGCCCAGAGUCUGACAAGGAGUCAGGGGCGUUGCUGGCGGCACCCAGCCGCACAUCUGUACGCCGCGGCCUGGAUCGGGAAGACGAUGACGUGUCCACCCUCGGCGGCUACAGCCUGAGGCGCAGCACCUCGUGGGCAGAAGACGGGCGCAGCGACUACGGGAUGUCGGGAAGCCCCGGCACGAGCCGACGCUCGGGGGGGCGGAGCCCUGGCAGCGCUAGCCUGGCCUCCCGCACCUCGCUGGCGCGCAGCAGCCGUCUGAGCGAGUUCGGCGUGGACGAUGACGACGACGACGACGAAGACAGCAGAAGCAGAAGCAUGGCCUUCAGCGAGGGGGGCGUGUCGGUAUGCAGCCCCGACUCCCUGAGCCACGGUCUCUCCGCGCCGGGCCGGGCCCGGACCUCCGAGGACGGCAGUGCCGCAGACGUCAAACCAGUUAGCCACCGUAACUACCUGGACCCCGAGCUGGAGAAAGCCAUCAACGAAGUCCUCAGCUUCAAGCCCGUCAAGUUCCAGCGCCGCAGUCUCGAGGACUCGGACGGUGAUGAUGAGCAGAGAGGUCCGGCAGGCAGAGAGGACGACAGGAAGGCCGGACGCUUCACAAAGAGCGACGGCGACGAUGACGUCCCGGGCCGAAGCGCGUCCGGGCUGCGGACCUCGGCGUCUGGCUCGGCGCUGGACCGGGCGCGCUCUGGCAGCAGCUACAGCUCACGCAGUACGAGCAGCCGCAAGGGCAAGAAGAAGAAGAAGAACAAGAAGAAGAUCCAGGACUCCGAGUCCGAGAGCUCGUCGUCAGGAAGCUCCUCGUCGGAGAAGCGCGGGAAGAGCUCCAAGAGGAAAGGCAAGAAGGGGUCCCGGAAGGGCAGGAAGAAGGAGAGCGAAUCGGAAUCGUCAGAGUUGGAAUCAUCGGAAUCCUCCGACUCGUCCUCCAGCUCCGGAUCCACCGUCUCCUAUAGGAGUUCCAGCAGUAUCAAGAAGGGUCCGUGCAAGAAGGCAUCGGAUGAGGAGAGGGGACUGGAUAGUCCCGAAAGACCUGCUAGCAAGAAAGAAGCGAAGAAGAAGAAGAAAAUGGAUAGCCUGGUGAUGAAGUAUCUCUACAGGCCUGACGAUGAUUAAAAAAACAGCAGCAGCAGCGGUCGCCUGAGCCGCGCCGAGGAAGAGCAGGAUACGGAGGGCAAAGAUCCCCGGCAGUCACGGCUCCCCCUUUCUGCCGAGGGUGG